UAUUGUUGACACAUAUACUUGUAGGGAGUUAAGGUUAAAACAGCUUAGUUCUUACCCACGUAUGUUUCUUCGACUUUUGACUCCAGACGAGUGACUUGUGUACCAUGAGAACCUUCCUGACGGCGACGGUGACGAUGACGGUGAGCGUGUUGGUGGUGCAUUGCCUUCACCUGCUGGACGACCCGUCACCAAUUCUCGACGACCACCUUGAUAAAGGGGACAACUCUGACAUCCAUCCUGAUAAGACUAAUAAGCUACGAUUCCUGAUGGACCUGCGGCAUCAACAGCAGUACCUGACGACGACGACGCAGGAGAAGGCGCCCUCGAAGUCUCGCAAGAGGAGGGCGACCUUCUACUGGCCCUCUGGCAGCAAAUUCGUGGCUGAGUUCUACUUCACCAUCCCCAUCAGUGCUCCCACCGGUGUCACCAUCCCGCUAACACUGGAUGUGCCCUACAAGUUUGUGUUGCCUAACAUCACUACGGACGACGACAUGUACGGGCGAGACUACAAGAGACAGAGCGACCGAUUGGACGUGUACGGCAUCAUAGAGGGGCUGCUUAACAGGUUUGGGAUGGAUGGCAAGUCGUGCAUGUUGAGGGCCGUGUGCGAGAGAGCUCAGACCAACCUGGUGAGCGCCGGCAUGCUGGGUGAAGUCAUCACCACCAUCCUUAUGGCCUCGUCGGCGUCUUCGUCAGAGGAGAUGUACGAGUACGUGACAGCUGAGUACUAUGGCAGCACAUAUGGUAACUGUCCCUCCAUGUACUCAGGCUGUCCCAUGUCGUUCUUCAAUUGGCUAGAAUAAUUGUCUCUCUGGCACUGGAUGGACUGAUGACUUCUAUUCAGCUGGAAAGAUUGGCAUUUCUUUCCUUUGAUGGACUAAUCGUAAGUCUUCAAGUGGGUUAAUUGAUCAUCUGUCUUCUACUGAAUAGGCCAAUGGUCUCUCCAUAGAAAUAAAUUGAUCUAGGAUUGUUCAUCUUAGACCGACACACAAAAAAAAAAGAAGCACAAUAUAUAGCUAAACCGAAGUGAUGAGAGGUACAAAACCAGAUAUGGACUCCUGUAAUAAAACAAUCCCUGGAUAAGUACCAAGAGAAUAGAAAUCAGCUUGUGUUGCUUGACAAAUUUCCUCACAUUCCUGGAGGCGGUAACAAAGUAAAUGGACCAAGGUUCACCAGUGGACAUGUUGUGCUUGGAAUUUUUCUAAUGCGUUUGACAAAGUCUCACAUGCACAGACAAAAUAUUGAGAUGGACUAAGCAUUGCCUUAAAAACAGGCAUCAAUGAAUGGGCAUACACGGAGUCUAUUCAUAAUGGAAAACGGUUCUCGGUGGUGUACCACAAGGGUCUAUCGCUGUUUGUUAUAUGCAAUAAAAAUAUUGAUGGAAAUGUUUGGAGCCACUUCGUCAAGUUUGCGAAAUAUUGGAAGGGUGUAAGUCAGCAUGACAUCCUAUCCUAGAGCAACUAUUUGCACGAACCUUUCAAAUGGUCACAUGACGGCAAAUACUUUUUAACAUAGCAAAUUUUUUGCUUCUGCAUAUGGGACACCGUAACCCAAAACACGACUAUUGUAUGACUAUCACUUUCCUGGCACCUCUAAAUCAGAACAAAAAAUUUAGGCGUCGUGGUAGACCAAUAACUGAAAAUAGGACAGUAAAUGAGGUAGUAAUGAUGGAAGUCAACCACACUCAAGGAAUUAAGAACAUAUACCAUUGAAUAUGAAGAUAAGAAAACCAUCCUUCUUUAAAAGUACCUCCCCAUCUGAACUACUGUAUACAAACAUGGAGACUGUAACUUCAAAACGACAAAACAUGGUAGAAAAGGUGCGACUCAGAACGCCUAGUAUUUUUUAAACUAAAUUAACUCGAUAAUUCAAGUAGUCUGAGAAAUUUAGGACCGAAUUCUCUUCACACAAGAUAGAAUAGGGCAGACGUCAAAGAGACUUUCAAAAUCCUGAAAGGGAUAGACGUAAACCAGAUCACUUCUUCACAAUGUCAAGCGAAUUUAAGGAGAAACUUACUCACAGGACGGUAGCUCUUUGGAACAAUCUACCAGCUUCUUCAUCCCUUGUCAUGGCCACCUCUGGUUGUGGUAGCCAUUAGGUUAAAUUAGGUGGGGUAAACUAUAUAACUGAGUAAAAAAAAUGCUCAUUAGUGUAUAUAUAUAUAUAUAUGUUCAGUGUCAACAAAAUCAGGAAGUGAAUUAUAUUAUUACUUGAAAGAUAAACACUAUGCUACUAAAAUAAGUUGUUGGAAAUCCUUAUCACAACCAAGAGAAAUUCUUACGUUAUUAGAGUUUUCCUGGUUUACAAAUACCGAAAGUGGAGUUAAAGUGUAGAUUUGUAUUGUCUGUGCAGUGUAUAAUGAUGUCAGUUAGGUGGCUAGACUGCCUAUAGGCUGUAAAGGAAUGCUUCUGGUGUGUGAUUUGCAUGUUUGCGUGUACAGUACAUAAUCCUUCAUAUAAUAAUUGAUGUAAUUCCUGUACAAGCAUUUCAUAAUCAUUAGGCUAUAUAUCACUAUUUUAAACCAAUAAGUUUAUGUUUAAUUGUCAUCAUUGUUACCUGCAGGUGUUGUGAUACAGAACUUUGAGUCUUAAGUCAUCUUGUAUCACAGUUUAUUGUUUAUGUACUUUUAUUUUGUUGUACAGUUAAGAUAUAAGGUUUUCAGUGUAGUGAUAUAAUAGUCUUUCCAUUCAGUCACCUGUUGUAGAAUAGAAAAUGUGUUUAUCUGGCUGUCAGUUUGAGGAGUUUAGAAUUAAUACUUGAACCGUCAUCAUAAAACUCUCCUCUCUGAGCUAUUAUCUAAAGAGACUUAUAAUAUAACUGGAUAUAAGAGAUUAAUCCAUAGUGUUAAAUAUCCCAGAGUUUGUACACCACCACCACCACACACAUGUACAGUAUAUAAGUUUAAUGAACUCGUUAAAUGUUGCUUGUGUGAUAGAUCUGGGUCGUGUUGGUUGGGGGAGAGGUUUGUAAUAGUCGACUCUGUGAUAACUCUAAUUUGAAGUACUGUACUGUCAUACCAUUACAGUAACUCGUUUAAUUUAAGUAGGAGAGUGAUCGACUAAGAAAUUACGAAGGAUGUAAGAAAUUAGUAGAUGACUAAUAGGUAUAUGUCUCAUAAAAACUUAAAUAAUAAUAGAUAUGUGAACAACUCGGAAAUUAGGAUUCAUUUGGAAUUUUGCUGAUGAUCAACUUCGAGAAUUGAUAAAUGACUUGUAGUGUAUGGAUGGUUAAGAACACAUAUAAAAUGUCAAAGUUCAGAAUAUGGACUUAAGACCAUUGUAGUGCGUGUAGGAAACAAUGUAUUGAGGUAGACCAACAGCUAAAUCGCUUCCAGUGUUGCUCCGAAUACUGGAAAUGAGAGGAACAACACCAAACACGAGUUAACCAAAAGGACAUUGAAAAAUCCUCUAGGAUUCUACAAGCACCGAAAAUAUAAACCAAAAUCUCCACGAAAUCCCCACUAAAGAAACUCCUCAAAAACAAAUCCUCGUAAUUCCAUAGAGAUUCGAUCGCCACUACAUGCAUUAUUUUAAUCCUUGGAUGGAAAAAAAUAACAUGGAAAUGAUCAAGAACAUGGGAAGUGGAGAAGAAACCAGUGUCAAUAUGACUAGUUUCUCUGGUCGAGUCCCAUGACGGUAACACGCCCUGGACAUGACCCGUGUGGUGAUUCUCGCUUAUUAGCCAGGUUGUAGAGGAAGGACGCCACUCUGUCAACAAUUAUUAGAUGUUUGACGUCAAAAAUGAAAGGGCAUGUGAUUUAUUUUCUUCUGAGUUCAGUGUUUUGUAUAUAUCUAUUUAUGUAUUUAUUUAUUUAUUUAUGAGUUUAUUUAUUGUGUCUUGUCUUUAGUUAGUAUAGUUUGCUUUGUAAACAUCGAAAUUUUAUCGGUGUCUAGUGUUAGCCGUUUGUUGCACUGUGUCUAAAAAAAAUUAAUUGUAAAUGAACUUCAAAGGAAAACUAUGAAAUAACACACACAAUUCAUAUAUGAUUUAUAUAGUUAUUCGCACAAAAAAGGGGUGGUAAAAGAAACAUCACUUGUUUCCCUAACUUUGCUGUGUGCUAUAUUCUCCGAGGCUGUGGGUCCCUCAGGCACAGCCACUAUAACGAAUCAUUUCUGUAAAUAUUAACUUAAAUUAAAAAAUUUUCCCCCAUAGCGUCAGUGCCAUGAGUACCCAAAGUAUCACUCGCUGGACCUGUUCUUGUACUUAACACUUGAGGGCCACAGAGGACCUUGUUACACUUACACAGCAGUACACUCGCCUACGGUACACUCAGGUCGGUUCCCUAAAAAAGGUUCAGUUCGAGCCAGCUACAGCUACUGGUGUUCACCUCCACCUCGCUGUGAAAUGUUUUGGGAGCUACGUCAGACGAACGUUCGCCUGUUUUUUGCAGAAGGCGGCGCUCUUGUAUACGAGACAACAUUGUACCUGGACAGUGUACACGGGACACGUGCCAGUAACCUCGUAUAUCAUCCAGUAUAAAUUCAGUUUGUUAUAAUUAUAUGUUAUAACAACACAGCUGACAGUGUUUCAUUAGCCUCU